AUGUUCAAUGUGGUCAUGAAGCUGUUGUCGUGUGUGCUGUACGUGGCUCGUGUCGUUAUGGAAGAAAAUCUCUGCGGACAUCCCAGAAAUGGCUUCGCAUUCGAUCCCGGUAGCUCUGCCGCUGCCGCCACCGUUGACAACGACACUCUCAGCUCUGCUACUGCUGCUUCUACUACAACAACGAUUUCGAUUUUGUGGGUCUGCAGACACGUGUGGUUCUGGGCCAUCCAGGUCACAGUGGCCAUCAUCAGUCUCCUUGAAACGUUACUCGUCACUUAUCUCAGUUAUAAGGGAAACCUCCUACAGCAAAUAGUCACGCCAGAAUUCAUCUUGGAGCUUGUAACUACUGUCCCCUUUAUCAUCACCUUAUUCUACCCGCCAAUAAAAGACCUCUUCGUCCCCGUCUUUCUGAACUGCUGGCUGGCUCAAAUGGCGCUCAGCAAUAUGUUGAAUGACUUGAACAGGGUAAGGCAGAAGUCCCACUCAGCACUCGCUCAACAACUCUUCAUACUGCUGGCUACCUUCUUAUGCCUUAUAUUCACCAGCGUUUGCGGCUUCCAGCAUCUUCAAAGAGGCAGUAGCAAGACCAAGGUUUCCCUGUUCAACUCCCUCUGGUUUGUCAUCGUGACGUAUUCAACAGUGGGUUAUGGGGACAUGUACCCUGACAUCUGGCCUUCUAAGCUCUUCAUCAUGCUUCUCAUCUGCACGUCAUUCAUUGUUCUGCCUAAACAGAUCGACGCCCUGGCGCACACGUGGAUGGAGAGGCAGAAGAUGGGUGGAUCGUACAGCAGCCACCGCGCCUACAACGAGAAGCACGUUGUCGUCGUGUCCACCAUCUUGCAGUCUGACGUCAUCAUGGAUUUCCUGAAUGAAUUCUAUGCCCAUCCCAAAGUUCAGGAUUACUUCGUUGUACUACUUUCACCCUCUGAGAUGGAUGACACGUUGAAACUUAUACUGCAAGUCCCUAUCUGGGCAGCGAGGGUUAUUUAUAUCCGUGGCUCCGCCCUCAAGGAUUCCGACCUAUCACGUUGCAGAUUGCAAGAUGCAUACGCCUGCUUCUUCAUCGUCAGUCGGAACCAGGAUAAGAUGGCUUCGGACCAACACACGAUAUUGAGGUCAUGGGCGGUCAGGGACUUCGCCCCGCAAGUCACCCAGUACCUACAAAUAUUCAAACCAGAAAAUAAACUGCAUGUGUAUUUUGCCGAAUGUCUGGUCUGCGAGGACGAAUUCAAGUACUCCCUACUGGCCAACAACUGCCUCUUCCCAGGAAUCUCAACGUUCAUGACUCUACUGCUGCAUACAUCGGACGGACUAGAAGGCCAACACUGUGAACAAGAGUGGAUGCGAGUCUAUGGGAAGUACAGUGGGAACGAGAUGUACCACGUCCUCGCUCGAACAAGCAUCUUCUUCGGAGAAUACGUUGGAAAAAGUUUCACAUUCGCCUCAUUUAACGCACACAGAAAGUAUGGAGUCUGUCUGGUGGGCGUGGUCAGCGAGGGCAAAUCAGAGCACAUGUUUUUGAACCCGGGCAGCGGUUACCUCCUCAAAGAGUCGGACGUCUGCCUCUACCUUUCGCUGUCAAAGGAGGAAAACGCCUACAUCACGAGGUCUGAUAAAGAGCAGCGAAUGAUUGACAGCAGCAAGAAGAGCACAUCCUUUCAGGAGAGAGAUAUAUUGGACCCGGAGAAGGGCGUGGAGUCGGGGCCCGCCCUGCGACAACAUCAGCAGACCACUUCAAAUGCCCUUGACCUUUCUGAUUACCCCGACGACUACACUCUGGGAAUUCCACCGGUCAGCCCGUACAUCGGGGUGACGCCCCACAUAUGCCAUCUGCUGAGGAGGAAGAGAGCCCUAUGCUGCCUCGUCAUCAAUGAGACCUGCGAACACAUAGAUAAGACGCAAGCUUCGGAUUACGAUUGGAAGAACAAAUGUACCAUCGUCAUCGCUGACGUGGUCAGUACUGCCCUCUUCAACUUCGUCAUGAGAAUGCGUGGUAGAAAUGUCAAUCACCGGCUGCUCCAGCCAAUCAUAAUUGUCGUUGAAAAAGAUAGACCUGACGCUUCUUUCUUGGAUAGCAUAUCAUACUUUCCUGAGGUUUACUGGAUGAUCGGAUCAAUAGACUGUCUAGAUGACCUGCUAGUAGCGGGCAUAACGCAGUCCCACAACAUUGUGGUGGUCAAUAAGGAACUGUCCAAUGCCAUUGAAGAAGACACAUUGGCCGACUGCAACACCCUGGUAGCAGUUCAAACCAUUUACAGAUUGUUCCCGACAUUAAACAUCGUGAUGGAGUUGUCGCAGGCUUCCAACAUGAGGUUCAUGAGGUUUAGGCCUAAGGAUAGUACGCAAAUGAAGUUCUCGAAAAUUGAAAAGAGAGAGCGAGAGAACGGAUCGCACUUGUACUUCAUGUUCCGACUUCCGUUCGCAGCUGGCUGUGUCUUCAGCGCAAGCAUGCUUGAUACCAUCUUGUAUCAGGCCUUCGCCAAAGAGAAUGUGAUACAAUUUGUGCGGAUGAUUCUUGGUAUAGACGAACACCCCAUGUCCGGUCAUCUCUCAUCUAUAAAAAUAACAAGCGAGGAGAUCUGGGUAGGGACGUACGGUCGCCUCUAUCAGAAACUUUGCUCAACAACUCGGGAAAUCCCAAUUGGUAUCUAUCGAACCCAGGAAAAUAUGACUACACUGGGCAUACUAGAGACGAUAACGAACUACGAUGUAGUUGACUAUAAGACGUGCCGAGAAACCGAGAAUAUGGUCAGGUGUAGGAUGGAGUCUCUGGGCUUGGCCUGCCGUAGGAUGGCCGAGCAGAUGAGGGGCGAUGUCCCCCUUAAUGACCUCAUCCAACAACAUCAUCAUCCAGAGCAACAGCAGCCACAAGAACAACCACAACAACAAUGUGAUAACCAUGAAUCUGCAAUCGUUAGAGAUAUAAACCAAAAACCGCUUGAAAAUGUCUGGGGCAAGAAAGAAGCCCUCUCGUACGUCAUCAUCAACCCCAGCAACGACCUUGAACUUCAACUUGACGACAUCAUCGCCCCGUUAUUUAAGCCAGGAGAGCAUCCGCAAGAAAGGAACCUCCAUAAGAAAGGGCCCUCCAUAAGAAAGGGGCCUUUUAUAAAAAAUGGCCCUCCAUAA